UGGCAGCAAGACAUAUUCUAAAACUGUUUUUAGAAAGUAAAACGCUAAGACUAUUGCGGUAGUUAACGGUCUGGAUCAUUCUCCUGGAGCAUGAUAUUCUUCUUCCCCGGUACCUUCCCCGAACGAGAGGCGCGCCGAAGUGUUCAUUAUGGACUGGUCUACUCGAGCCUCCUAUUACGUCUCGCUGAACUUUGUGGUCACUCCCACAAACGAAUUCGUGUUUUCUUACUAACUUCCCAGCAGUUUUCAUACCCAACGUUACACAUCGUAGAAGUGGAAAAUACAGUCAAAUCUGAUUGAAGAGUUCAUAACUUCUUCAAUCGGAGUCCUGUCCUUGACCAUAUAUUUCUGUGCGCUUGUUCUGCAUUCCAACUGCGAGUGAAAGUUACGCAAGACCCAACAUGGACGAGGCAGAGAAGUACCAACAGAGAGUGCAGGCUAUAGAGGACAAGCGACGUAAGCAGCAGGACGACGAGAAAGCAAGGAGGGAGAUGGAGGAGGAGUGGCUGACGCAGGCCCAGCGCAAGCGGAAGUCCUUGAGGGACCGCUGGCUGAGCGAGAACCCCCAGCCUGUCCCUGGGCACCGCGCUGAGAACUACACAGAGGAGUUGCCAACUGAAGAGGAUAUAGUGGAGGUCAUUGAAUCCACAAGCUACACAGUCACCAAUGCCCAGAACCACAGCCAGGCUGACAUUGAAGAGGGUGGGAUACAAGACAUCGUCAGAGCUGCUGGGGGUCAGCUCCCGGGGCCAGUAAUGGAGAGGGUUCUCCAUGAGAAUGGACUGGAAGGUCGAUCAGUGCUGGGGAUGGUUGCAGUGCAGGUGGAGAGGGAUUCAAAGACAGGGGUCACCAAGAUCAGGUCUGUGGUGCCCGUGUCUGGAGCACCCAGGGCCUUGGGGGAGACGGUGUUCAAUGACAGCAGGAAGAGCGUCCACCACGUCGGCGGGGCAGAGGGGCAGCCUUCUGCUGAGGAGCUGGGACAGCUCCUUAGUGUCAUCAACGAUGUCGGGAUGCAAGUGCUGCUGGAUGAGAUCCCAGUUGUACCACAACAGAAGGCAGAGGAGAAGAUAGAGGUUGGUGGUGGGAUGGAAGAGGAGGUGGACAAUGUGGAGGACCCUGCCACACCUACAUCCCUGGGCUACACUGAGGAAGAGGUUGAGGUUGUGGAACAUGAGGAUGAUGAGAUGGACGAGGAGGUAGAAAUAGGAGUGGUGGAAAUUGUGGAGGGCCCUACCCGACUGACCGACCUGGGCUACGCUGAGGAAAAGGUUGAGGAUCUGGGCUGUGAAGAUGAUGAGAUGGACAAGGAGACAGGAGUAGGUCAGGUAGACUUUGUGGAGGGCACUGUCACACUGACCUUCCUGGGCUACACUGAGGUAAAGUCAGAGAGGGAGGGUCUGGGCCAUGAGGAUGAUAGAGAGUUGGUGGAGGUGGAGCGGGUGAUCAUUUCUGACUCGGGUGAGGAGGAGAUUGUUCUCCAGUCUCCUGUUCUUGGAUCUGAGACUGAACCCUUUCUGGGCUACACUGAGCAAAAGGUUGAGGCUGUGGGGCAUGAGGAUGAUGAGGAGGACGUGAGUGGAUUGGUUGUCUUUGUGGAGGGCCCUCUCCCACCUGUCAUCCUGGGCUACACUCGGGAAGAGGUUGAGGAUCUGGGACAUGAGGAUGAUGCCCCCAGACCAACCCCACGCUACAGAGCCGAGGAAACAGGAAGGAGGGCAUCCAAACACAAUACCAAGUGCUGCUCUAUCAUGUGAUUCUGCACAUGAUAGAGCAUCACCCCCCCCCCCCCUGUAUGCUUGGCCUAAAUCUACAACAUUGUCUAAAUUGCACAGGAUGUGCUCCAGCGUGCCUCAUCUAAAAUGUCACUGGUAUCCUCUGAGACUACAGUCCCACAUGGCUUGUGUCAUGGAGUGUUUACUGUUAUCCUCCUCUCUUCAAACAGCUCUGUGAACAGACUCCAGUGUGACUGUUACAAAGCCCUUCUGCCUCCUGCUGGACACAGUUCAGUAAUGCAACUAGGUUUUACUGCCAGAAUCCCAGCAGCACUCAUCUCACACUCCUCUGGAUUGGUUGUAUCAGCCCAAAACAAGUACUCAGCACUAUUUCCUCUAGGAAUGAAGACUAUUAAGAAUAGAUGAAGAAUACAACAACCACUGAUCUGUUUCUUUUUGGAAAUAGAUUUUUAAAUAUUAAUGUUAGAAAUGCUUGAUGUGCCUUUUUCAAUGGCAACUCUUUUGUUCAAAUCAAAUGUAUUUAUAUAGCCCUUCGUACAUCAGCUGAUAUCUCAAAGUGCUGUACAGAAACCCAGCCUAAAACCCCAAACAGCAAGCAAUGCAGGCGUAGAAGCACUUUUAGAGUGUCCUCAUCAGUAAUACAAAUGUUAUGGUUAUGAAUAUGGUACUGUAUUCCGUCAGUGACCAGAACAGUCUGUUAAAGAAGGGUUGUUUGCCAUUACAUCUAUUCAGUGCGAUUUGUAUGUGUAAGUGUGUUUGGUAGUUGAAUUUUGAUUUAGCCAUGUCUGCUAAUGAAGGGUUGGUUGCCAUUACAUCUAUUCAGUGCGAUUUGUAUGUGUAAGUGUGUUUGGUAGUUGAAUUUUGAUUUAGCCAUGUCUGCUAAUGAAGGGUUGGUUGCCAUUACAUCUAUUCAGUGCGAUUUGUAUGUGUAAGUGUGUUUGGUAGUUGAAUUUUGAUUUAGCCAUGUCUGCUAAUGAAGGGUUGGUUGCCAUUACAUCUAUUCAGUGCGAUUUGUAUGUGUAAGUGUGUUUGGUAGUUGAAUUUUGAUUUAGCCAUGUCUGCUAAUGAAGGGUUGGUUGCCAUUACAUCUAUUCAGUGCGAUUUGUAUGUGUAAGUGUGUUUGGUAGUUGAAUUUUGAUUUAGCCAUGUCUGCUAAUGAAGGGUUGGUUGCCAUUACAUCUAUUCAGUGCGAUUUGUAUGUGUAAGUGUGUUUGGUAGUUGAAUUUUGAUUUAGCCAUGUCUGCUAAUGAAGGGUUGGUUGCCAUUACAUCUAUUCAGUGCGAUUUGUAUGUGUAAGUGUGUUUGGUAGUUGAAUUUUGAUUUAGCCAUGUCUGCUAAUGAAGGGUUGGUUGCCAUUACAUCUAUUCAGUGCGAUUUGUAUGUGUAAGUGUGUUUGGUAGUUGAAUUUUGAUUUAGCCAUGUCUGCUAAUGAAGGGUUGGUUGCCAUUACAUCUAUUCAGUGCGAUUUGUAUGUGUAAGUGUGUUUGGUAGUUGAAUUUUGAUUUAGCCAUGUCUGCUAAUGAAGGGUUUUGCCAUUACAUCUAUUCAGUGCGAUUUGUAUGUGUAAGUGUGUUUGGUAGUUGAAUUUUGAUUUAGCCAUGUCUGCUAAUGAAGGGUUGGUUGCCAUUACAUCUAUUCAGUGCGAUUUGUAUGUGUAAGUGUGUUUGGUAGUUGAAUUUUGAUUUAGCCAUGUCUGCUAAUGAAGGGUUGGUUGCCAUUACAUCUAUUCAGUGCGAUUUGUAUGUGUAAGUGUGUUUGGUAGUUGAAUUUUGAUUUAGCCAUGUCUGCUAAUGAAGGGUUGGUUGCCAUUACAUCUAUUCAGUGCGAUUUGUAUGUGUAAGUGUGUUUGGUAGUUGAAUUUUGAUUUAGCCAUGUCUGCUAAUGAAGGGUUGGUUGCCAUUACAUCUAUUCAGUGCGAUUUGUAUGUGUAAGUGUGUUUGGUAGUUGAAUUUUGAUUUAGCCAUGUCUGCUAAUGAAGGGUUGGUUGC